AUGGCGCCGAGAGGGGAGAAGAUCUGUGCGAGGGGAGGGAUGAGGGGCGGGGUAGGAGGAGGCCAUGAGAGCAUGGGGAGCGGGGAGGAUAGGUUCAGAGGAGUGAGGAAGAGGCCGUGGGGGAGAUACGCGGCGGAGAUCAGGGAUCCAGGGAAGAAGAUGCGCGUGUGGCUCGGUACCUUCGACACAGCAGAGGAGGCGGCGAUAGCGUACGACGCGGCGGCGCGGGAGUUCCGCGGAAUGAAGGCGAAGACGAACUUCCCCCUCGCCGGGGGGCUCCCGUGCGUGGCGACGCCGCGGGACGACGGCCACCGGGAGGCGCACCAGAUCGGAAGCCCCGGGAGCCAGAGCAGUACUGUGGAGUCCACCAGCCGGGAGACGGCGGCGCCAGUCCAGUCGCCAGACAACAACCUCGCCGAUCGGUCUUCUCUGAAUCUGGCGUUGUCCGAUCAGUACCUCCACCGCGGGAGCAGCGGCGGUGGCGCCAAGGCCGCCGCCUGGUUCCCCUUCCGCGCCAUCCCCGCCGCGGUCUCCACCACCUACGCCGGCGCUCCACCGGUCGCGCAUCCGCUUCCCAAGGGAUUCGUCUUCUUCGACGCCUUCUCGAGGUCCGGCAAGGUCGCCACUGCGGAGGCAACCGCCGCCGCACUGCCGACGCCGGUUAUGACCGGGAAAAUCUCCGCGAAGAUCAGUUUCCCUGACGAAUCCGCCGUCCACGACGGCGACGAGAGCGACUCCGACUCCUCCUCCGUUGUCGAGGAUCUGCAGCCGCAGCCACAACCGUCGCCGCCGCGGAGGCUCCACCUAGAUCUUGACCUCAACAUCUCGCCUCCGGCGGACGCGGUGGAAUACUAG